UUAAAAAAAAAAACAAAAAAAAAAAACGCAACACAACUACAUAAGUCUGAAACGGUGAAGCCUCUCAAGCUCCCGGAGCAACCGAACGCCGGCGCCAUUCUAUCUUUAAAAGCUAGGCAAUGUAGUUAAGGAAGUAGCAAUGAAGCCAUUAAUGCAUAGUUUAGUUCAAAAGUUAGGCAACGCAGUUAAGGAAGUAGCAAGGAACAAAGGCUCGAGCUGGUGGUACACUCCUCAUGUGGCCGCCGCGUCUCAUGCCAUCGCCGAGCGGAUUCCACUGGUCGAUUUCGUACUCGAAGUCCGAGAUGCCAGGAUCCCUUUGUCGUCAAAAUACAAACUGCUGAAAAAAUGUUCAUCUUCUGCGAGGCGAAUUAUAGUUCUUAACAAGACAGACCUUGCAAAUCGCUCAAAGGUGAAGAAAUGGAUGCAUUAUUUUGAAGAACAGGGGAAUGUAGCUUUUGGAGUCAAUUCCCAUAAUAAAGAUAACAUUAAGGAGUUCCUGAAUUUUCUGCAAGCCAGAGUAAGAGAACUAAUAAAUAGUGGGCAUUCUAGUCGUACUAUAACAUUAAUGCUUGUUGGCAUUCCUAACGUUGGAAAGUCUGCCCUUGCAAACUCGUUGCAUCAAGUUGGACGAAUUAGUGCAGCAGAGAAGGGAAAACUAAAGCAUGCUACUGUAAGUCCUCAGCCAGGGGAGACUAAAAACAUUAGCAGCUUAAAGAUUGCUAGCCAUCCUAAUAUCUAUGUGUUGGACACACCUGGUAUUUUGCCUCCUGACAUUCCUGAUGCUGAGCUGUGCUGCAAGCUAGCUUUGACAGGUGCUAUCCAAGACUGCUUGGUUGGGGAAAUAGAGCUUGCUCAGUAUUUUCUAGCAAUCCUUAACCAGAGUGAUGAAUACAAGAAAUGGGCGAAGUUGUGUGCCAUUGAGAAAGACAUGGUAGCAGCCACUAAUGAUGGCUUUGACUUGGAGAAAACACAGAAAAGCCAACAUUUGACAGAUCACACACAGGUAUACUAUCAAUUUUAUUCUACUAUUCUUCAUAAUCGUUUAGCUUAUAUUGGUGACUGUAUAAUCCCCUAGCCUUCUAACCUUUCUUGCACUUGUUUUGUAAAUGUCAAAUGGAAUUUGCUCUGGGGACAAUACCAACCAAGUUGGUCAGACUGUUGACUUGAUAACUACAAGGUUCCAAGUUCAACUCCUAGUUGGAGCGAUCUAUUUGCCUUCUUGAAUUAGUCAGUUAACUAUAGGCAACUUAGGCUGGUUUGCCUCCUUGUGGUCCUUUGCCGGCUAAGGUUAUAAGGUGGUGUUUAUCAAGUGCACACCUUCGGAUAGUGGUUGCAGGUUUCCCUCAUUACCAAAAAAAAUGGAAUUUGCUCUUAAAAAGAGAAAGAAAAUACACUAUAACCAUUUUUGUCCCUUCUAAUGAAUGCCAUCUUAGGCCAAAUUUCAAAUUUUCACCAAUUAGUUUAAUAGGUGGAAAUGAAAUUUAACAAAU